AUGACAGACCAUAAUCAAAUAAUGGAUAGUGUGAUAGCAACCCCAAGAGCUUCAAGCAAUGGUAGCAUAUUUUGGGUUACUCCAACACAAUUUAAUCCACAGACAGGUACUUAUCAGACACAUUAUUACUCAGAUGAUUUGGUAAAGUCUGGAACAGUCAGCGUUGGCACUCCAACAUGGAAGAACAAUUCAAUGGUGCCACAGGCAAUUCCAUCUUCAAAUGUAAAUAGCAAGUCGGUUGCAGCUCCAAUUCUUAUUCCUCCUCCACAAAGUCGAAAUUUGGCGAAUUUUGAAGAUCCAGUGAUAAGAAUACCAGAUGGGAUAAGAGAAUUAGAAUACGAAGAUGAUGAUGACCAGAGUGUGGUAGAUAUUAAACAGUUAAAUAAAAAUUAUGAUUAUGAUUCUGAAAACGGUGAUAAUUCGAAUAGAGCUAAGAAUGUGGUGGACGCUGUGGUUGCACUAGGCCAUGUAUUGGUUAAAGAUUUACAAAAGGCUGUUCCAAAUUUGAAAGGUGGUGGAAGUUCUAUCUUUGAGAGUUGUCUUGCUGGCUCGGAUCUUUCUGGACUAGAAAAUGAGUUAGCAUUUUCUCCAAAAAAUAUAUUAAAAGAUACAUUGAAAAAUAAUACUCAAGUUAAGCCACAUUUACUACCAAAUGGGAUAACUAUGCAAGAAUUAAUUGCAUCAGGAGGUAAUGCAGGUAAUUCACCGGAUAACAGGCCCAAAAAAAUGUCUAAUCUCCUUUCAUCUUCGACUUUGUUAUCUUCAGAGUUAUUCUUUGAUCAAAGUAAAUUCCCAAGAAUGAGCUUAAUUACUUAUGAACCAUCUAAUAAUAAUAAAGCUAUUCAAUUCAACCAGGAGGCAGUAAAACGUUUAAAUUCAGAUUUUGGGGAUUCACCUCUAUGCUUUAUAAGUUUGGUGGACUGUCCUAGCGAUUUAUUUUCAACUUUAUUAUUAAAUCCAGAUUUAGAAUCAUUAUCAGUGCAGAAGAUAAUUAAUAAGAAAUUAUCAGAAAAACAACAAAAUAAUAAUAAUAAUCAAAAUAGUUUGGUGGAUUUAUAUUAUUGGUAUAAGGAUGAAGAAUUUAUAUAUUUACUACUAGAUUUUAAAAUUUCGAUGAUACCAAAGUUACAUGAUAUCUUAUUAAUUCUAGCUAAUUCUAUUUCAUCUACAGUAGUCAUGAAUAAUUCUGGAAUAAUUAAUCAAGAAUCUUUGAAAAAGCUUAUACCAAUAAUGGAUUUACAAAAGGAGUUUGAAUUACGUCAGGAGAAGAUAAUUAAUAAAUUGGUUAAAAGUAAUAGUAAUACAGGCAAUAUUAACAGUAAUAAUAGUGUAAAAAGUAACGAAUUUAAUACUCCAUCAAGAGAAAUCGGAGAAAAUUCAAAAGAUGAUGAUUUCAAAACGGCUCAAGGUAAUCCAUUACUAUUAUUAACUCCAAGAUAUAAACCUACAUUGAGAUCCGAAACUAUUAAUGAUUUUAAACAAAUCACAGAUCAAGAAUCAGAUAAAAAUAAUUUAAAUCAUGGUACUCCCAGAACAUUAUUAUGUACUUUAAAGACAACACCAAGACCGUAUUUAGUAUAUUUAUUACAUGAUUUUAAUUUCUUGUUGUAUGAUACAGCUAAUAGUAUGAUAUUAAAUAGUAUUGAUUAUUUUGAGACAUUGAUGACCGAAUUGGGAUGUGGAUAUGAAUGUGAGGAUUCACAAAUUACUUAUUUUGAGAAUUUAAAACUUUAUUUAAGAUCGUACUAUACAAUGAAAGAAUGUCAUACAUUAGUUUCACCAUAUAUGAUUGAUAAUAAUGAGAGAAAGAUAAGAAUGGAUCAUAUGAAACAAGUUUCUUGUUUAAGGCAGAGAUUACUUGGAAUAAGUAAGAAUCAUGCAAUAAGUCAUAAACUCGGACAGUACAAUUCAUCUUUAACAAUAAAUCGUUAUCUUUCAAUAUUUUUUAAUGUUUUAAAUAAUAAUGAGACAGAAAAUCUUCCAGAAUUGAAUGAAGUUGUACAAAGAAAAUUUUGUGAUAGAAUCCUAACUGAUGUAAAUGAUUAUUAUCUUACAGAAAACAAGAAAUUAGUAGAAUCUCUACCAAUGGGUGAAACGGUAUUGAAGGAUGAAAUUAAGGACAUAAGAUCAAAAUGUAUGCAUUUAUAUAAGGAAUAUACAAGUACAUUAAUAGAUACUGAUAUUUAUAUUGAAUAUAAGAUUCAAUUACAAACAGAGUUAGAAAAGAGAGAGAAUGAAACAAUAAAGGAAAAUUUAAAUGUUUCAGUAAGAUAUUGUACAACAUAUUUAAAUGAGAUAGCAAAAAAAAAUAUUUCAAAUAAAUUAUAUGGUGGAAUAAGAAGUAAUAAUACAUCUUUGGAAGGGUUAAAUAAUAAAAAUAAUAUUGCAAGUUCAACAAAGCAAUAUAGCAUAUUAGAUCUUGAAAAGGAUUUGGAUGAUAUAUAUUUAACUAUGUUAAACAGUCUAAAUGAUAAAGUUCCAAGAGAGAUAUCAUUAAAUUGCUUUUUAAAAGUUGCAAAUGAACUUAGACACGAAUGGUAUCAAGUAAAUGGAGGUGGAAAUAACCUAGGUUUAGAUUUGAAUUUAAUUAAUGGGAAAGGAGGGGAUAAAAUAGGAAUAGAAAAUUGUUUUGGAAAUAAAAAUAAUUUUAAUAAUAAAUUUGAUGAUGAGUUCAUUAAAAGAAUGGAAACUCCAGAAAUGUUAGUAAAUAGGCUUAAUGCUGACUUGGAAGAUAUUGAUUCUGAAUAUAAUGGUUAUUCUUUGAUGCAGAAAAAAGAAUUAUUGGAGGACAUAUUAUUAGAAGCAACAAAAAAGAAGGAUAGAUUAAGUGAUUUUUAUCAGAGUAAUCAAUUAUAUGGUUUGGAUAAUUUAAUAGCAGCAGUUCAAGAAAGAUUGGAUGUAGUUAAUAGUGAGAGGAAAAGUAUUUUGGAUAAUAAUGAAUUACAGAGACAGAUGAUACUAAAGCAAAAACAAAAGCGUUGGAGAAAAUUGUUUCCUUGUUUAAAUAGAAAUGUAAAUUACAAUGUAAAUUCUUUGAAUAUGAACGGUUCUGCAAAUAAUUGCAAUAAUAUUCAGAUGAAUGAUAUGAAUCAUUCAGUAAAUGAAUCAUAUUAA